AUGGCUGAAAGUAACUAUAUGGGCUCUUCUGCCAAUACCUCAGUUACCUCCUCUUCAUCGAGUUAUACUUCAAGAAGGGAGAGUCUUAUAAAAUUGAAGGAGAGUAUCUUCUCAAUGAUUGUCUCAAUUGAAGAUAAAACUCCUCGGAAGGGAAUGAAGAAUUACAUUUAUUUUGUUGUCUUGAAUGUUUAUGUAAUUUUGGCCUCGUUGGGAAUUGGAAUGUUGGGUUCAUUUCAUUGGGGAGAAUAUGGCGAUUGGAUUUGGAGAGUUUUUAAUUAUUUGAUAACCUUGUCAAUUGAUAAGGUUCCUUAUGAGGGGUUAAUUGCUUUUGAGGUUUUGUUUGUUUGCUUUUCAAUUUUGGGACUUGUGAUUUUUGUCUUGACAGCUAAAUCUGUUGAAAUUGCAAGUAGAAAUAUGAAACUAUUGAGAAAUUGUAUAUUUUACUAUGGAAAUAUUCAAUUCUUUGUGUGUUUGAUUGGUACUUUUGCAAUGACAUCCUUUCUCGAUUGUGACUAUACCACACAAAUGUCAUUUGAGAAUUAUGAUGACCCUCAGAAUGUAUUGAUGAGAGCUCCAUCUGUAAUGUGCCAAUCAGUUGCUUCUAUUGUUUUGAUGGUUAUUGGAAUUAUUGGUAUCUUGAUUUCUAUUGUUAAUACUAUUAUUUAUGGACAAAUAUUAGGAAAUACUCAUUUGAAAAACACAUCACCAUUUAUAAUGGAAUCACCAUUCUUCUUUUCCAUGUUUUUAUCAAUUAGUCAAUUGCAAAUUUUAUUGAAUUAUGUAAUUCCAAAUCAGUACAUGUAUGGAAGAUCAGUGCUUCAUAUUGUGUUAUCCAUAACCAUAGCUCCCUGCUUGUUUUACUUUUUGCCUUAUUUUGUGAGAAUGGAAAAUUCAAUUUGGAGUGGAGUUUUGUUUGCAAAGGUACUUUCACCAAUAGGGUCAAUGAUUGCAUUUCUUUUAAAUUCAAAUGAUUCAUGGGAUAUGGGACUUGGUUUUACUUUCAUUCCAGUAGGUCUGAUGAUUAUUGGCUUUCUAGGGGGAUUUGUUUUGAUGGAGGCAUACACACGGUUUUUCUAUUAUUCAAUCAGAAAGGAAAUGUUGAUGCUAUUGAAUGAUUGUUAUGAAAAAUCUAUUGAUGAUAGGUCUGGAAUGUCAGUAUUGACAUAUUUUGAGCGGGGAGGUCAUUCUCUCUUCAAAUCUUUUGUGGAGCAAAAGAGACUGAAUAGACUUGGACUAUUUUUAAAGUUUGCAAUGUUUUCUGGUAAGAAGGCAUCGCCAAAUGCAUAUAAUAUUAGUGAUAGACAAUUGGCGGUUUCAUUCAUCAAAUCAGUUGCUCAACACAAAUCAUUUGCAGAACCAGAAUUGAUUAUUUCAUCAGCUUUGAUAGCUUCUUACAUUUGGGAAGAAGGUUCACAUGAAUAUGCUUUGGGAUUAUUGAGAAGAGUUAAACAACAAAAAUUGAAUUUCUUCUCAGGAAUAACUUUGAGAGAAAGAUUGAAAGAAAUUGAAACUUCACUCCACAAAUCAAGAAACAGUGAUUCUUCACAUGGAAUGAGUAUUGUUGACGUGAAACACAUCCUUGCCAAGCUGGAAAAGCAAUACAAUUCCAUUCUAGCUCUUCACAAAGCUAUUUGGAAGGAAUUUUUCAAUAUGGAAAUCAAUUACGGUAAGGUUAUGGAAAUUAACAGAAAAAUCACAGAAUUGACCUUUAAUACUGAGAAUACCUUUGAAAAUCUGAUGAAAGAUUUCAGUAAUGACAAGAAUGUUCUAAGAAUGUAUGGCAAAUUCCUUGAUAACAUUCUUUUUAACAAUUUGAGAGCAGGAGAAUUGUAUCAGGAAGCCAAUGAUAUUGAGAAUGAAGAAACUGUAAAAGGAGAGAUACGAAUUUCAAAAGCUCCAGUUGGUGGUGUAAAAGGUUCCAUGCGAAAUAAGGUAGUACCUUUGAAAGAGAGGGCCACACACGAUGAUUCAAGAUCUUCAAUAGACAGUAGAUCAUCAAUUUCCAAGAGUGCAGCCUCACUCUCUUCUAAAAUCAAAAAUAUGGAAAAAAACUCUACAAAACCAAAGAUUGACGGAUUGGAAAAUGGUUAUUCAAAAGAAUUUGUUGAGGAAGAUUUUGGUGACAAAAUGGGAUUGGAAGCUGCAGAAGAUCCACAAUUGAAAAAGGAAAUGUUGUACAGAUCAGCUCUUGCCACUCCUUCUGACAAUAAGUUUACCUACUCUUGCAUUAUAUCCUCUAUAGCUCUGUUUUUCUUAUUGUUUAUUAUUGGUUUUUCCUUCUCCAUCGCCUUAUUGGUAAACUCAACAAGUGAUGUGAAAUUAAUCAAAAUAUCCUGUAUGCCUUCUAUUACCACAUUGAGUAUGCAAUUAGACAUAAGAAUGGAGCAAUUACUAUUCACUUUAUAUAAUAACAAUGCAGUACAGAUGAUGCCUCAAUCUCUUAUUGAUGCAGGAGCGGCCAACUUUUCAACUGAGCACAAAGAAAGAAUUCGAGAUGUAUUAGCUUCAUUACAGGAGCUUCAAAACAGCGCUCUGAAUGACUUAAUGAGUGAUGACAUGUUUCAUGAUUAUUCAGAGAGUAGUGUCCUUUUCUAUAAUCCUGUUAUUGGUCCAUACCCAGGAGAAUACACUGUUGCACAUCAAUUUAACACUUCCAUUUCAGCAAUCACCAACACUUUGAUACAAUUUUUAAAGGAAAUCAAUACCUAUACACCUCAGCAGUAUAACAAUACUCUCUCCAAUUACAAAGCCAUGUAUUUUUGGCACAAUAGAGAUAUUUUCAGUUCAGUAUUCAAAGAGUUUUGCUCAAACAUUGUAGAUAGAUCCUAUGCCACUGUCAGUAAUACCAAUAAUGCUUUCAUGUACUUUUAUUUCUGCUCUUUGGGAUUACUAGUAAUAUCUUGUGGUCUAAUGUUGAUAUUCAACUUGUUGAUAAUGAGAUCUUUGAAAUCCGUGUUAAAACUCGUUGAAAAGACAAUUCCUAAAGAUGCUCUUGGAAAGAUCUACCACCAAAUGGCUACGAAAUAUGCAGAGAAUGGAGAGGGAGCAUACAAAUCCAACUUUACCAACAAUCCCAAGUUUAGAGCAUCGUUAUUUACAACUCUUAUUUUCAUUACUACUUGUUUGUGUUUUUCCAUGUUCUUUUAUGAAGUUUUUGUUACCUCUGAUAAAACUGAGAGAAUUAUGAGAAAUGUGGAACGUUCUGCAUCAAUCUCAGUAGAUGCUCAUGAUAUUACAGGGAAAGUUGGAGAGGUUUUAAUAUUUUCUGUUCUUCCGUACGAUACAUAUUCAAUCAACUCUAAGAAAUUACUUUCAAUGGAUGAAGUUGUUGAAUAUCAUGAAUCAGUUUAUGAAAUCAAGAAGAAGAUUAGUAAGGAGUGGAAUUUGCUAUUGUAUGGCGAUAUUACAACCAAUGCUGCGCCACUAAUUGGGUUAUUUUCUGAGGUUGACAAUCUCAUCAAGGGAGCUCACUGUGAAAAUUCAAAUUCGACUACCAUGAAGUGUACAAGCUUGAAUGAUAAGAUGAAUGAACUCUAUCUGGAAUCAAUUAUUAUCAAUGAAAAGCACAAUGCUAAGAACAAGGACAUGUACAGUAUAUUCCCAGAGUUCCAUGCACUUUUCACUGAUUGUAAAGUGUUGGCAAAGGAAUUCGAACAAUUUAUGAAUAUUUACGUUAGUUCCAUAGAAAGAGAUAACAGUUCUACUAUUGUAACAAUAUUUGGAGUUAUUGGAUUUUUUUUAGUUCCACUGUUUGGCUAUUUACUUGUCCUCUCCUUUGACAAACAUGUUAAUGAGGUUCAAACUGUGAGAAUGUUGCUGAACUAUAUCAAGAUUGAUCAUUUGGAAGCAAAGGAUGAAAUGAGAAAUUAUGUUCUAUACCACAAGAUAUUUUCCUCCUCUAGAGGCGCGAACAGUCUCAAUAAGAAGGAGGUUGAAGAUUUAAAGGUCAAGUCCAUUCUUAAUUCUGCUGUAGAUGGAGCAGUAUCAUGUAAUGAUUAUGAUAUUGAAGUUUACAAUCCUGCAGCCCAAAGAAUGUUUGGUAAAUUGCCUGAGGAUGUAAUUGGAAAACCAUUGUGGUCUCUCUUCAAUCCAAAUUGUGAGGAAACAAUUAAAAAGUUGAUUGAAAAUAGAGUUCAAGUAGAUUCUUCACUAGCCUCAGAAAAGAAUGCCAUUCAGGGAGAAACUUUAGAUUUGGAAUGUAUAAGAAAGAACGGGACUACUUUCCCAGCUAGAGUGAGCAUUUCCUACACUCUAUUCGAUAAUAACAGAGUCAUUACCUGUUUCAUAAGAGAUAUCACAUCUGAAAACAAGUCAAAAUCAUUAUUAGCUGAAGAGAAGAAGAAUUCUGAAAAGUUACUGAGAAACGUGUUACCAGAAUCUGUUGCCAGACAAUUGAAAAGUGGAGAGAAAUUAAUUGCUGACAAGUUGCCUGAUAUCACUUGCUUUUUCAGUGACAUGGUUGGAUUUACUAAAUUAUCUAGCUCACUUAGUGCCAAUGAUGUUGUUCAAAUGUUGAGUACAAUUGUUACAGGAUUCGAUAAAUUGACUGACAAGUAUGAAUUGGAAAAGAUUAAAACUAUUGGAGAUGCAUAUUUCUGUGUUGGAGGAUUGAUGCAAGCUAGUGAUCACCCAGAAAGAGUACUCAGAUUUAGUAUUGAAACUUUUAGUGUCAUUAGAGAAUUCAAUCUUUCCAAAAUGAAAGAAUUAGUUCAAGCAAAUACCUUUUCCAGUUCUGACUUUAAUCAAGUAGAUAUUCGUGUGGGUAUCAAUACUGGAGCUGCAAUUGCUGGAGUGAUUGGCACCAAGAAAUUUGCAUAUGAUUUGUGGGGUGAAACUAUUAAUGUUGGAUCCAGAAUGGAAUCAAAUUCUCAACCUGGAAGGAUUCAUUUAUCAAGAUCAACUUAUGAGAGAGUGUAUGAUUUGGAUUUUGAAUUUGAGGAGAGGAAGAUUGAGAUUAAAGGAAAACCAACCCAAAGCUACUUUUUGAGUGCCAAGCAUCAUGCUAAAUCUAACAUUUCCAAAGCUGAGCAACAAUAUGUCCUGGAUGAAUUUUUGAAACAUGGAGCAGAAUCAGACGAAUUGCAAACUGAUUUGAUUGCUGCUGAUAAUCAAAAUCUGGAAACAACCUUUAAUUAA